AUGCCUGCUGCCGUCCGUCGGGUGUCCACCUGUGUAGACGGCCUGCGCAGGGUGGUGGUCACGGGCCUGGGGCUGGUCACGCCCCUCGGCAUCGGCAAGGAGCUGACCUGGGAUCGCGUGCUGGCGGGCGAGACCGGGGUGCGGGCCCUGGCCCUGGAAGAUCUGCCGGAGUCGCACAGGGACAGCAUGGCGCAGCUCCCCUGCCGCGUGAUCAGCUGCGUCCCCCGCGCCCAGCACACGCCCUACCCCUGGGCGACCCCGCCCGACGCAAAGCGCCACGCGCGCGUGACCACGCUCGCCCUCUGGGCCGCGGCCGAGGCCCUGCUGGACGCGGGGUGGCGCCCGCAGAGCGAGGCGGAGCGCGACGCCACGGGCGUGGCCAUCGGCGUGGGCAUGAGCUUCUCCACCGACCUGGCCGAGGCCGGCGUGCUCAUGUCCCAGGGCAGGCUGCGGCGGCUGAGCCCCCACUUCGUGCCCCGCAUCCUCACCAACUCCCCCGCCGGCGCGGUGAGCCUGGCCCACGGCCUGCGCGGCCCCAACCACGCCGCCUCCACCGCCUGCGCCACGGGCGCGCACGCGCUGGGCGACGCGGCGCGCAUGGUCGCGCUGGGCGACGCCGAUGCCAUGCUGGCGGGCGGCGCGGAGGCCUGCAUCGACGCGGUCGCACUGGCGGGGUUCAGCCGCCUCAAGGCGCUCAGCACGGCCUGGGAUGGGGGGGGCGAGGAGGCGCGCGCCUCGAGACCCUUCGACGCGCGCCGCGACGGCUUCGUGCUGGGCGAGGGGGCGGGGGUCCUGGCGGGGUACGGCAUGUCGGGCGAUGCGCACCACGUGACGCAGCCGCCGCCCGACGGGCGGGGGGCGGCGCUGGCCAUGCCCCGCGCGCUGCGCUCCGCGCGCUGCGACCCGGACGAGGUGGCCUACGUCAAUGCGCACGCCACCUCCACGCCACAAGGCACGGGAGCUUGGUGUGACGCCGUCGAGGCCCGGGCCAUCGCCCAGGUAUUUGGCGGCCGGCUGUCCUUGGCCGUGUCAUCCACCAAGGGGGCCAUGGGCCACCUCCUGGGGGCUGCAGGGGCGGUGGAGGCCGCCAUGGCGGUGCUGGCCCUGUACCAUGGCGUGGCGCCUCCCACGCUCAACCUGGAGGACCCUGAGCCGGCAGGGCUGCUGCCGGGCCUGGUGGGCCCGACGCCCCUCACGCUGCCGCCCGGCGCCGGGGCGGUGCUCACGAAUUCUUUCGGCUUCGGGGGCACAAAUGCGGCCCUGGUUUUCACCAGGCAUGCAGCCUGA